GCCACCAUGACGUCGCUCAACACACAGGGCGUGUGCGGCUGCAGCGCCGGGGCGCCCGCCUACCUGGGCCCGUCGCUGGCGGGCACGUGCGGGCCGGGCGCGUUCGCGCUCUUCAUGGGCCUGCUGGACGGCUUCCUGCGGCGCCAGUGCGACAUCGCCGACCCGUGCGGCCGCGUGCGCGAGCCCGACCCGCUGGCGCUGCGCGUCGGCGCGCGCUACGACUUCAUCGUCGUGGGCGGCGGCAGCGCGGGCUCCGCCGUCGCCGCCAGGCUCUCGGAGGUACCGGAGUGGCGCGUGCUGCUGCUGGAGGCCGGCGGAGACGAGCCGCCGGGCUCCGCGGUGCCCUCCAUGGUGAUCAACUACCACGGCAACCCCGAGCUGGACUGGAACUACAAGACCGAGCCCGAGAAAGCCGCCUGUCUCGGCUACCCGGAGCAGCGCUGCGACUGGCCCCGGGGGAAGGUGCUGGGCGGCUGCUCGGUGCUGAACGGCAUGAUGUACCUGCGCGGCCACGCACGCGACUACGACCGCUGGGCGGAGGAGGGCUGCGAGGGCUGGUCGUGGCGCGACGUGCUGCCCUGGUUCCGCUACUCCGAGGACAACCUGGAGCUGGAGCGCGUGGACCCGGCGCUGCACGGCCGCGGCGGCCCGCUCGCCGUCACCAGGUUCCCGCACCAGCCGCCCAUGGCCUACGACAUCCUCAGCGCCGCCGCCGAGCAGGGCUGGCCCGUCAACGACGACCUCAACGGCGACAGCCCCGUCGGCUUCACCAUCGCCCAGACCACCACCAAGAACGGCAGCCGGCUGAGCAGCGCGCGCGCCUUCCUGCGGCCGGUGCGCGACCGGCCCAACCUGACGGUGCUGCUGAACGCGACGGCGACGCGCGUCGUGGUGGACCCGCGCACGCUGGCCGCCACCGGCGUCGAGUACGUGGUGCGCGGGCCCGACGGACGGACCUCCAAGGAGACGGCCGCCGUCAGCAAGGAGGUGGUGCUCAGCGCCGGCGCCGUCAACUCGCCGCAGCUGCUGCUGCUCUCCGGCGUCGGGCCCAAGGACGACCUCGAGAAGGUCGGCGUUAAGGUGGUGCACGACCUGCCCGGCGUGGGGCGCAACCUGCACAACCACGUGGCGUUCUUCCUGGACACGGAGCUGCACAACGAGACGGACCAGCGCGACCUGGACUGGGCGGCCGCCGUCGAGUACAUGACGAGCCGCAGCGGGCCGCUCUCCAGCACCGGGCUCUCGCAGGUCACCGCCAAGCUCUACUCGGGCCUCUCCCCGCCGGGGCCCAACAGCGGGCCCGCGGCUGACCCGGACGUGCAGCUGUUCUUCGCCGGCUACCUGGCCAACUGCGCGCGCACCGGGGAAGUGGGCGACAGGGCCUCGGAGACGCCGAUGCCGCGCCACGUGUCCAUCUCGCCGGUGGUGCUGCACCCCGAGAGCCGCGGCCAGAUCAAGCUGCGCUCCGCAGACCCGCUGCAGCCGCCGCUCAUCUACGCCAACUACCUGGACCACCCGAACGACGUCCGCACCCUCAUUGCGGCCAUCCGAGCUGGCAUGAAGCUCGCCUCCUCCAAGGUGCUGCGCGAGAAAUACGGUAUGGAGGUGGUGAAGACGCCGGUGGAGGGCUGCGAGGCCUUCACGUGGGACUCUGACGAGUACUGGGAGUGCGCGGUGCGCCGGCAGACGGGCCCGGAGAACCACCAGGCGGGCUCGUGCCGCAUGGGCGCCGCCGACGACCCCGACGCCGUCGUGGACCCGCAGCUGCGCGUGCGCGGACUGCGCAACGUGCGCGUCGCAGACGCCUCCAUCAUGCCGCGCGUCGUCUCGGGCAACACCAACGGCCCCUGCAUCAUGAUCGGCGAGCGCGCCGCCGACUUCAUCAAGCGCCAGUGGCGCAGCGGGGUGGACCUCAGCAACCGAGUGGGCGCCGGCAGCAGCAGCACCAGCACGGGCCGCCCCUACCCGGCCGCCGGCAAGCCCGGCCUCGCCACGGCGCCCUUCCAGAACAAGUACCCCACCUCCAAGUCGCCGCCGGCUUUCCCACCCAAGCCGGUGCCCGGCGCGGCGCCGUACCCGCCGUCCGGGUUCAAGCCGGGCGGCUGGUCCUUCCCGUACAACCCGCAGGGUCACGGGCAGUACCACUUCCACCACGCCAACUUCCCGCAGCAACAGACGCCGGCGCCGUACCAGUUCCCCCGGAAACCGGAGCCCAAGCAGGACAGAAACUACUCCAAUCUGAGGGUGGCCGGAUCGUCCAACUGGGAUCCUACCAGGACUCCGCCCUUCCAAGGGUACAGUGCCAACCCGUCUGCUUGGGGAGGCAGUGGUAGCUCCCAGCAGUGGUGGGCGCAGAAGGGUUAGGCAUGUUGCGUCACGCACUGGGAUAAUCUUCGGAAGAGCUUAUAAAUAGGAACUUUUGUGUCUACAAUGUAGAACCAGUAAAGAGGAUGUGAAGCCACUGACAGUACUGCCGGAAAUGGUGUACCUUUGUAUGGUGGGAAAAUUACUCAUUGUUGCACAAGGAAACGUAGUGUUACAGUGGAAAACGACAUGCAAAUCGCUGCUUAUUGUAUACGUUUUGUUGUUUCCUGUAGCGUUGAUUACGUUUGUUCCGAAAGUUACUCUUAAUACUGUUCAAAAUGUAUAAUUACUCUGUAACUUAACGUAAUUUUGGAGUUUCUUUGUUAAUUACAGUUACUGUUGAGCCGUGAUCACAGGCUCUAUAUCGUAUUGCGUUGUCACACUACUUGGACUGUACGAUUCCCUUCCUCGUGUCCUCUUCAUUCUUUUUACCAUAUACAGUCUCUGACACAAUGGUCCAAAACAACAGCAGAUUCUACAGACUUCUCUGCGUAAACAUUUUGAGAUAGCGAUGUUCGUAGGAGCGGUUUACAAGACGGCCGUCUAUGCCUCCUUAAUCUUAUCCGAAUCCCAACUGGAGGACAUAACCACUCCUUUUGGCAUGGAGAAUCUCUUACUUUUCCAUGCACUGUCUUUCCCAUGAAGAUAUGUACUAUUUAUGUUACUGGAAAACCAAAUACGAAAUAUUUAUUUUAUAGUAUACUUGGCUAUAAUGAGUUGAUGUUCUACUCCAAGAUAAUCAAUAAAGAAAACCUUCG